AUGGAUAAGUCUAGGAAAUAUAAGAGUGGAGCUGAAAAGCGCAAAUUAAAAAAAAAUAAAGACGAACGCGAUAAGCAACUGCUUUCUAAAAUACCGAAACUAACAAGCCACUUCGCUAAUGCGACGACAACUGUAAACGAAGCAAAUUGUGACAAUCCUGAGUUUUGUGAAUCUACUUCUGAUACUUUUUCAAUUCCAUCAACGUCAAGAGAGGUUAAUUUCCAACAUGUUGACAGCACGAUCGAAGGUGUACAAAAUCCGGACGAUGUCGAAAGUUCGGUGAAUGUAUCAAAAAUUUAUGAAAAUUCCACCAAUGUGUUUUCAAAUUACCCAGGUCCCUCGUCGUGUCGCAAUAUUGAUUUGAACGCAAAGAAAUCUGGACAAAGAAACUUUUCUGAAUAUCAUUUGCAUCGGGUUUUACCAAAUGGAACACAGACCGAACGUGAUUGGCUGAUCUAUUCGCCGUCAGUCGAUUCAGUAUUUUGUUUUGCUUGUCGCUUGUUCGGUAAUUUAGACGAAAAUGCAAGUUCAUUUGCUCUAAAAGGUUUCAAUGACUGGAAACAUUCAAAGCGUGGUAUUUCAAUUCAUGAACAAUCUCAUGAUCACAUGUCCAACAAUGUCAAAUACAAUACGUUUUGGCAAUAG